AUGUCUCCCUCAGCCAUCGCCCGCACAUCUACGUCCUCACCGACGCUAGACAGCACGGCGAAACUCACCAAAGCAGGCACCGAGUCCAUCUUAUCGCAAACGCAAAGCCACAACAACAGCAGAAAAAUCCCCGCCGUUGCCGUCGUGGCAGAUCUCGACGCGUCAAAAUGCACAGUCACACGCACCGCGAGCCCUAAGCCGGUUCCGGCGCUGGACUCUCCCGAAGUGCUCUCCCAGUCGUGCACGACGGACCACAUGCUCACGGCGCGCUGGACCGAGGCGGCGGGGUGGGAAGCGCCCGAGAUCAAGCCGUACGGCGCGCUGUCCAUCAUGCCGACGGCGUCGGUGCUGCACUACGCGACCGAGUGCUUCGAGGGCAUGAAGGCGUACCGCGGCGUCGACGGCAAGGUGCGCCUGUUCCGCCCGGACCGCAACGCGCAGCGGUUCCUGCAGAGCGCGACGCGCAUCGCGCUGCCGGGCUUCUCGACGGCCGAGUUCCGGAAGUGUCUGGAGCGCUUCGUCGGCGUCGAGGCCAGGAGGUGGCUGCCGGCGUCCGAACACGAGAGGUUCGUGUACCUCCGUCCCACGAUGAUUGCGACCGCCCCGGCCCUCGGCGUGCAGAGGCCCAAGGAGGCCCUGAUGUACAUCAUUGCCGUGCUCUUUCCGAGACUGGACGAGCCGAGGACGGGGCUGGCGGCGCCAACACCGGACGGCACCGCGACGAGCUCAGCUGGACCGCCGCGCCCAGCGAUGAACGGUACGACGACGACGACAGCCAACAACAACGACAACAACAACAACAACAAAAAGGGUAUGCGCUUGCUUGCGUCGAGGCACGACAUCAUACGUGCGUGGCCCGGGGGGUUCGGGAACGCCAAAGUCGGCGCGAACUACGGGCCGAGUCUGAUUGCGCAGGGAGAGGCCCGGGCCAGAGGCUACGAUCAGAUCCUGUGGCUGUUUGGAGACGAGGCCUUUGUCACCGAGGCCGGCGGAAGCAACUUCUUCGUCUUGUGGCUCAACGAGGACGGCGAGAGGGAGCUCGUCACCGCUCCUCUGGGAGACGGGACCAUCUUGGAAGGUGUCACGAGGGCGAGCGUGCUGGAUCUCGUCCGGGCGAGGGGCGAUGUCAAGGUCGUCGAGAGGAAGUUCACAAUGCACGAAAUUGUCCGCGCCGCGGACCAAGGCAGAUUGCUCGAAGGUUUCGGCGCCGGGACCGCCUUCUUCAUCGCCCCCGUGUCCGAUGUGCAUUUCAGAGGCCUCGAUGUCGUGUUUCCGCUGGGCAAAGGAGAGAGGGCCGACUUUGCAAUGGGCAUCAAGGACGAAUUGAAGAGCAUCAUGUACGGACGUGUCCAGCACGAGUGGGGCGUUGUGGUUGACGAGCUGUGA